GGCAUUUGGGUGUUCCUUGGGCUUGACUCGGGUUUCAACGUCGCCAAGAGAGACGAUUUUGGGCAGUAUGUCAUUGCCACGAUUUAGCUUUCCUCGAUAUCUACGUCUCAAAGAACGUGGUUGAUUUGAUGGGCACUAUCCUGCACGCGUUCCUCACAUCCCGAGAUUUCAACAGAUGUCAAUGCUUCGCCGUGGAGGCUGCGUUUGCUCGUUGGAACUUUACUCUUACCUUGCCCAUGACCUUCCGCCACGGGUCGUCCAGGAUAUUGAAUUGAUGUCACCUGAAGGCUGCCUUCUUUUGUUGAUGAGAAUAUCUCCGGCUCUAAAUCCAGGCUCUGACAUAUUCCUCAGCGACCAGAAGUCAGCUAUCCUAGAAAGACUCAUUGACAAGCCAUCCUGGAACCAGCUCAAACCCAUCAACACAGUUGAUUACCUCGAUGGGGAUGUCAGUAUUGAAGAUUUACUCGACUCCCGUCGUUAAUGGCACUGCCAAUCUCAAGGCGCUAUCCCGACCUCCGCACAGCCCUUUUAUUGUUCAAAGAAGUUCAAGCGAUGGUCACGAAUAUUCUGAGAUCUAGGAAUCGAAUUGAUCUUCAAGCAUUCGUCGACUUCUUGACAAAGCUCCUCGGCGACCCAGAUUUCAACGCAACCAGCGACAUCUUCGUCUUGGCAACAUUUUUCGUUAUGCGAGAGCUCGCACCCGAAGAGGUUUCUAUCGAAAUAACGGACCGGAAUGCGCUUUCCAAUGACGAAACGGAUCAGGCCGCUGCCUUUGCUGCUUUGCAGAGCUUUUCGCUCUUGGCUCUCGUUGCGAAAUUUAUUUCGAUGUAUCGCCUGGCCAGUUUGGAGGAUUUCAGUCAAAGAGCUACUACAAUUACUAUUCCAAACCUGAAUAUCAACCUCCAAUUUUCAAAGAGACUCAAGCUGCACUACCUUCUGCCUAUGCUAGAGGUCAAAUAG